UCGAGCUUUGAGGCGUCUCUUCGAAAAACACAAUAAAGGAUUUCGUGGAGGCAAAGGUGAAUCUUACAAUUGAUGUGACGUAAGCUAAAAACCCCUUAAACCCCCUUCUACCGGUUGAUGACUUGAGUUGAAUUUCAAUGUUAUUCUCUGCAAAACCCUAGUUAUCGUUCUUUCGAUUGGAGGCUGACGCCAUGGACGAAGUCCACGAAGGACCACCAAAUAGAGAACUCUAUGCACUCUUAAACUUGUCGCCAGAUGCCUCCGAUGAAGAAAUCCGAAGAGCUUAUCGUCAAUGGGCACAAGCCUAUCACCCUGAUAAAUACCGAGCUCCCCAUAUGAAAGACAUUGCUACUGCAAACUUUCAACGCAUUUGUGAAGCGUAUGAAGUUUUGUCGGAUCCAAAUAAAAGGCAAAUAUAUGACAUAUAUGGCAUGGAAGGUUUGACCUCUGGUCUGGAACUUGGUUCGAAGCUGGAUAAAGCCGAAGAGAUAAAGGCUGAAUUGGAGAGACUACGGCGAAUGAAGGAGAUGCAAAAGAUAUCAGCACAUUUUAGAACUUCUGGUACAAUUCUGGCCAAUAUGUCUUUGCCACGCUUUCGAAAUGGCGAUGGCUUCAUGAGAGGAAUGGCUAUGACCAGUGAAGUCCAGUCUCGGUUAUCAAAACGUAAUACUAUUGCAAUUGGCGGCAAUUUAGCAGUUAAUGGCAAUGCAGGUGGUGGGGCUGCUACUGCCCUAUUUAGGCAUGAAAUGUCGGAAGUUUCUUCUGUAGAGUUUAUGGCUUCAACUGGGUUGCGUGCAUUGAUAGGGGUGCAAACAACACGUCAACUAUCAGCACAUUCGGCUGCAACAAUGGGCCUUGCUAUGUCUUUGCAAGAUGGUUCAUUGAAUCUUUCUAAUUCAUGGAACCGCCAACUGUCAGAAACAACUAGUGGAAAUAUACAACUUGCUUUGGGACCACAGUCAUUCAUAGGUGUAGGUUGGCAAAAGAAAGAUGAAAGAAGAUCUGCCUCAGGAGAAGUGAAGUUUGGCACAAGUUCUUUUGACGUAACAGCUCAUUAUACGCAUCACUUGUCUUCCAAAUCUCAUGGCCGCAUUGCAGGCAGAAUUGGGAGUUCAACCCUUGAGAUUGAAAUUGGUGGCGGGAGGAAGUUAUCCAAAUUCAGCACUGUCCGCUGGUUGUAUACAAUAGGAAUUCAGGGUAUUAUUUGGAGAUUUGAACUGCAUCGUGGUGGCCAAAAGUUAAUUAUCCCUGUUUUGCUAACCAGACAUUUGAACCCUGUCUUUGCUAGUGGAGCACUGAUUAUUCCAGCAUCUUUUUACUUCCUUUUGAAGAGAUUUCUAAUUAAACCUUAUUACAUUAAAAGGAACAAGCAGAAGGCUGUAGAGAAUGCAGAGAAAACUUCUGCUCAGGUUCAAGAAGCAAGAGCCUCAGCAGAGAAAGCUCAGCAAUUACAAUUAACUGUCGCUAAUAGGAAAAGAAAUAAACAAUUAGAAACAGGCGGAUUAGUUAUUACAAGAGCACUAUACGGAAAUCAUGUUAUUUUGAAGAAGAUAAAUGCAUCAAGUGAAUCAAGUCAUCAAUCAUCUUCAGAAGUCAUAGAUGUCACAAUACCUCUCAAUUUCCUUGUUAGUGAUUCUGGCCAGCUCAAGCUUCAUGAAGGCGUAAAAAAAUCAGGCAUCAUGGGCUUUUGUGAUCCAUGUCCAGGAGAACCUAAAAAGUUGUACGUAGAGUACUCUUACUCUGGCAACCAAUACAAGGUCCUGGUUGAUGAUUAUGAAGAGUUAUUGAUACCCCGGGGCGUUCACAAUAUCUGAAGAUUAUUUACCUCGUGCAGUUUUUCGAUGGUUUACGUGCUUGAGGUUCAUCUCUUAUAAUUCAUUUUCAAUAGAAGAGGUGCCUCUUUCAUAAUUUUUGGCCAUUGGUUGCGGGAAGCAAAAAUCGUGUGUAAUUGACGUCUUAAUUAUGUCGUUCUUUUGUUGGAAAUUAGAAUGAUGGAUAGAGAAGUUCCAAGAGGAGUAGGCGUAAAUAUUGCUGGGACUUUGAUAAUUCAAGCAAAUACUGGCAUUGCAACGCAUUGGGGGAGAGGUACUCCCCAUUUUUUUAUCAUCAUUUUCUCUCCUCUUUUCAAUUAUGACCAUUGAAAUCACUGCAUUAAAUGAAUUUGUCUGUCAUAGAUUUGAUGAAUGGUCAUGACUAGAGAAGUGGAGGGAAAAUGAUGAUAAAAAAACAAAGAGACUCCUCUUGUUAAUGCAUUGAUGAGGACUAGGGUGAGUGGAUCACAAGUUACAAUUUUUCUGCGGGAAUUUAGUGUAGAGGUGUACCAUUAUGUCAGUAACAGAGGAAGUUAAAUUAAUGUAGUUGAGGACCAAAGUGUCCUUCACUUACGUUGAUAAUCUUUCAUUCUGAUGGAUAGAGCUUUUAAUAUUUUGGGGGGUCCUAAUUCAAUGCUUUGCCAGAAGAUAUGAUAGCAAUCAACGCUUUCUGCACCAAAUUCUGAUGAGAGCGUCCCCACGAGACGUUUAUUUAUUUGAAGAAAGAUCUUUUUGGAUGCUCAGUCACAGAAAGACUGAGUCAAUAAUUCCCUUCUGGCUGGCGGUGGCUUGAAUGAGAAAAUGAAGCAGCCAUGUUUAUAAGAUGGUACACUGAAUUCGUUGUAUUCAUGCUCAAGAGUCAAUAACAUCAUACGUGGUCUCUUUGCUCAAUGUACUCUCUGAAUUAUAAUAUAAAUAAUUGUGAACUAAUUUGUGUUUGUUUUAAAAAAAGGUUUGGUGAAAUUUUGAUUUUAUAAAAAUUUUCACUUCCCUCUA